AUGGCUGGCGCCAGAGGCGUCCGCCGCCCCGCUGGCGUUGGAAUCGCGGCGUGGGCGGGCAGCGAGAGGCCGAGUGGCCUGGACUGGCGACCGCGAGGCCCCGACUUACGUCUCCGGACGGGACGCUCGAGCGCAUUGCCCAAGCCCGGCCCCGGCCCCGCCCCCGCGACUGCAGCGCUGCCAACGGCCCCCGCGGCUGCCGUCAGCGUCGCCUUCGCCGCCGGGGCUGACUCACGGGCACGCGACGCCCCGCCCCGCGUGGAUGGCUCCUCUGUUCACCGAACCGAGCGAGUCUUGCAACAGACAAAUUUUGGUUUGAACAAUGAGCAGCAUCAGCAGCGAAGCGUCUGUGACGGCUCCACUCUCCCGACAUGGCGUCGUGCCGCUAAGGCAUCUACGGCAGGCAGCUGCUGCCGCCGCCGCGCCGCCCCACCUUGCCUGGCGGCGGCGGCAGCGGCGGCGGCGGCGGCGUUGUGCGGCAAGAACCGGCUGCGGCCGCCGCCGCCGCGGAGCGAGUCGGCAAACGCGCGUCGAAAACGCCGCGGCGGUGGCGGCGUGCGCGGCUACUGUGUUGCGCUCGCCUUGGUGCCCCGGGGUGGUCGUGAGUUAAUGUGUAAAUCGGACUGCAGUACGUUGCUUUUGAAGGCCACCAUUGGAAACUCCCCGUGAAGUUCAUCUCGCCGCACCGUAUCUCCCCACUGCUCUUUCG